AUGGAAGAUUUAAAAGAUCUUGAGAAUAAUUUAACCGAUGAGAAAAGUAAAUUUUAUGAAAAUGCUCAAGACUAUUGGUCAUCGGUUGAACCGACUGUUGACGGAAUGUUAGGAGGCUUUGGUUGUUUGUCUAGUAUUGAUAUAAAAGGCUCAGAAUUAUUUUUAAUGAAAAUAUUUAGUCAAAAAAAUAAACCAAAUAACAACAGAGCUUUAGAUUGUGGAGCUGGUAUUGGAAGAAUUUCCAAAAACCUACUUGUCAAGCAUUUUCAUCAUGUUGAUUUAGUGGAGCAAAAUCCAAAAUUUAUUGAAGCUGCAAAAAAAUUUUUGAGCUUUGAAAAAAAAAUAGAAAAUUUUUAUACUUGUGGUUUGCAAGAUUUUACUCCUGAAGCAAAUUUUUACGAUGUGAUAUGGUGUCAGUGGGUUCUCGGUCAUUUGACAGAUAGUGAUUUAAUUAAUUUUUUUAAACGUUGUAAAAGAGGACUUAGAAAAAAUGGUAUCAUUGUUGUUAAAGAAAAUGUAUCAUCAGAAAAUUUGAUAAUGGAUGAACAGGAUUCUUCUGUAACUCGAUCAAAUAAUGUAUUUUUAAAUAUUUUUAAAGAAGCUAAUCUUAAUAUUGUUAAACAAAGUAAGCAAGCAAAUUUUCCAAAGCAAUUAAUGUGUGUAAAAUUAUUUGCUCUUCAGCCUAUCGUUUAA